AUGACUGAGGAAUCCCUGAAAGUUCCAGAUGAAGGAGCUACCAAGACUGUUAGAGACAAAUAUGAGCAUUGGCAGGUAGCUAAUAACAAAUCACUGUACUACAUGUUGAAUAGUAUGGUCGACACUCUCAAGACCAAGAUGGGGAAUGUCAAGACAACCUACAAAAUCAUGGUUCAGCUCCAAGACAUGUUCAGUGCGAAGUCUGUGCAGACUCAACUGCAUGGAGCAAAUAUAGAUGAGGAGAAUAAAGUCGGCUUAAUCCUCAACAGUCUCUCUCCAGCUUUCAUGUCGUUCACCAAAAACUAUGUGAUGAAUAAACUCAACUAUGGUCUGAUGCAGCUCGUGAACGAGCUUUUGACUUUCGAGUCUAUCGUGGGUGGACCAAGCAAGGGAGGAGAAAAGAAGACUACUGUUGCUUCUAUUGAUCCAUCUAAGGCUGAAGCUAACCAAGCUUCGUCUCCGAAAACUGGAAAUAAGAGGAAAGAUGGACAAAACAACAACCCCAGGUGCCUUGUCCCACAAUUUUUACUUAGCUAG